UCGCCUUUCCUCGCCUUCGUCUUCUGGACUUCGGCUUCUCUUUCCCAAGAGGGGGGAGAGAGAGGAGAGAGAAAGGCCCGACAAAAACCCUAAUCCUUCUCUUUCUUCUCCUCUCUAGACUCCUCUCAGCCUGAUUCCGCUGCGAGGCAUCUCUCAGGUGCAAAUUUCCACCAGCAACCACCCUCAGCAAUGCGACCUCCGCGCCAGCACCCAAGGCCCGCAGGGCUGCAGACCUCCUUAUCACUGGCUUCUUCGGAUGCUGGUGGGUCCCCCGAUGUGCAGGAACCUGGAUCGAAUUCUGACCAAGGGAAUGACUCUGCCACUGAGAGUGCUAGCUCACGCGAGACCUGGCCCAUCGAGACCAAUCGUUCCAAUGCCAUGGUGGUGAAGAAAGUAGACAAGGAAGAAAAUGAUUGUCUUGAAACACAGGUCAUUCACAGGGUUUCCAGAGCGGAUAAGUUAUCACUCCGUGAAAUUGCUCGAGAAAGAGUGGAGGUGAUAUCUGACAAAAUGAUGGUUAUGCCAGAUGAACUUCUUGAAGAGACCAAGAGUGAGCUCCGGUUGAUCCUUGAGGGCACGGGGGGAUCUCAGAAUAUAGAAGAAUUUUUGCAUCUGCAAAAGCUUGUCCAAGGGAGAGUUGACUUGUCAGCUAAAACCCUUGCCAGGGCUCACAGAGUGCAAUUGGAGAUUCUUGUUGCAAUUAAAACAGGAAUUCAGGCCUUUCUGCAUCCGAGUGUCAGCAUCCCACAGAGUCGCCUUGUUGAGAUUUUCUUGUACAAGAGGUGUAGGAACAUUGCCUGUCAAAAUGCUCUACCUGCAGAUGAAUGUAGCUGCGAGAUAUGCACUAAUAGGAAUGGUUUCUGUAACCUUUGCAUGUGUGUGAUCUGCAAUAAAUUUGAUUUCGAGGUCAACUCAUGCCGCUGGAUUGGGUGUGACAUGUGCUCCCAUUGGACACAUACAGAUUGUGCUAUCCGUGCCGGCCAAAUUGGAACAGGACAAUCCGUUAAAAGUGGAGCAAGUGUUGCUGAAAUGCUUUUCAGGUGCCAAGCUUGUAAUAGGGCAUCAGAGUUGUUAGGGUGGGUUAAGGAUGUGUUUCAACACUGUGCUCCUGGAUGGGACCGGGAGGCCCUGAUGAGAGAACUUGACUUUGUUGGCAAGAUUUUUCGUUUGAGCGAGGACCCCAGAGGGAAGAAGUUGUACUGGAAGUGUGGAGAUCUCAUUGAAAAGAUUAAGAGUGGUGCUACUGAGUCCACAGUUUGCAGAAUGCUGCUUCUGUUUAUCCAAGAGCUUGAGAUAGAUGUUACAAAAAAUUCUGAAACUGAAGAAGCUGGGCAUCUGAUUUCUCCGCAAGAGGCUUGCAACCGAAUCGCAGAAGUAGUCCAAGAAGCAGUGAGAAAGAUGGAGAUGGUGGCAGAGGAGAAGAUGUGCAUGCUUAAACGAGCCCGUCUUGCUCUGGAGGCCUGUGACCGUGAGCUAGAGGAGAAGGCAAGAGAAGUUACAGAACUCAAGAUGGAUAGGCAAAGGAAGAAGCAGCAGGUAGAGGAGCUUGAGAGCAUAGUGAGGCUUAAGCAGGCCGAGGCUGAGAUGUUCCAGCUUAAGGCCAAUGAGGCCAGACAGGAGGCUGAGAGGCUGCAGAGCAUAGCCCUUGCCAAAUCAGAGAAAGCCGAGCAGGACUAUGCUAGUUUGUACCUGAAGCGUCGAUUAGAUGAAGCAGAAGCUGAGAAACAAUAUCUAUUUGAGAAGAUAAAGCUUCAGGAGUCCCAAAGGGCUCCACAGGGAAGCAGUAGCGGUGGUGGUGACCCCUCACAGAUGAUGUUCUGCAAGAUCCAGGACUUGCUGAAGAAUGUCUACAGCAUGUCUGGCAAAUCUGUAGGGCAACAAUCAAAAUGACUGCUCUAUGCCCAAUGUCUAGUGGCAUCGGCUGGUAGGAAUUCUGUUUUGGAAUGCUUGACUAGGACCUUCUUGUGAUCUGCUCAUAGUAGUCUGAAAUGUCUGUUUUGUUGUCUUCGCAAGCAACAUUCAUGUCCUGCUAGUAUGUUAGCAUAUCUUCUAAUGUGAGAUACCUUUGCUUUUACAUCUUGCUGGAAUGCUCUUUGUUGUCUAAGUGAAUAUCGUCUUUUAUAUA